UGGGAGGAGGACCGGAGUUUUGGAGCCACUGCUCCUGGUACUGGGUGUUUGACACUAGGAACGUUGUUACAUUUUGUUUUAUUCUUUAAAUUUGUAUAAUUUGACACUGACAGCGGAAAGAAUGCAGUCUGAAUCGGGGAUAGUACCCGAUUUUGAUGUCGGCGAGGAAUUCCAUGAAGAACCUAAAACGUAUUACGAGCUGAAAAGCCAGCCCUUGAAAAACAGUAAUUCAUCAGAGCAGCCUGGGUCCUCCAAGCCCCCAUUAAACUCUUCCACUAUGACGUCACGGAUCUUGCUACGGCAGCAGCUCAUGCGUGAGCAAAUGCAAGAGCAGGAGCGUCGAGAACAGAGGCAGAAGCAGCAAGCGGCACAGUACAUGCAGCAGAGAACCACAAGCAGUCAGACACCAGCCAUCAACGUCAGCAUACCCACCAGCCUGCCUACUGCAACACCAUUACCAAUGGAAGUCCUCAAGGCUUGUGACCUGGUCUCCGCUGUGCCAGCCUGUAUGGGUCCUCACAAAGCUGGGCUGAAUGAACACCUUUUAAAAAGAAACAGUAAGGUGCAAACACACCUUGAAAACCCAACCAAGUACCACAUUCAGCAGGCCCAGAGGCAGCAGGUUAAGCAGUACCUCUCCACCACUCUCGGAAACAAGCUUCCCAGCCAUGCCCUCAGCUUGCCCUGCACCAAUCAACCCAUUGAGCAUGUAAUGCAUCCGGGACCUGGGAACAGUGCCCCCAACAGCCCCAUGGCCAUGCUUAACUUGAACAACUGUGAAAAAGAGAUGGAUGAUGUAAUUGAUGACAUAAUCGGUUUGGAGUCAAGUUACAAUGAUGACAUCCUUGGACUUAUGGACCCAGGACUACAAAUGGCCAACACGCUCCCUGUUUCUGCUAAUCUUCUUGAUAUGUACAGUAAUCAAGCGAUGCCACCACCUGGCCUUAAUAUCAGCAACUCCUGUCCAGCUAAUCUACCCAACAUUAAAAGGGAAUUCACAGUUACCCCAGCUCCUGCCAUGAUGCACAUUCUGGAGAAUUCUGGAUCUUGUGGCAGUUUUGAAAGCUAUCAAAGGCCAGAAGGUUUUCCAGUAGAGGCUGAAGCUAGAGCCUUAGCAAAGGAAAGACAGAAAAAGGACAAUCACAACUUAAUUGAACGAAGAAGAAGGUUUAACAUUAAUGAUCGCAUUAAAGAGCUGGGAACUUUGAUUCCAAAGUCAAAUGAUCCGGACAUGCGUUGGAACAAAGGUACCAUUUUGAAAGCGUCUGUUGACUAUAUCCGUAAACUCCAGAGAGAGCAGCAACGAUCAAAGGAACUUGAGAACAGACAGAAGAAGCUGGAACAUGCAAACAGGCACCUCAUGCUAAGAAUUCAGGAGCUUGAGAUGCAAGCCCGGGCUCAUGGACUCUCUGUUGUGGCCUCAUCAAGUCUCUGCUCCACCGAACUUUCGCCAAGGAUAAUUAAACAAGAGUCAGCGCAAGGAGACUGCAAUCAGGAGGUUUAUCAGCACCAUCCAGACCUGUCCCACACCACAACCCUCAAUCUCACUGAUGGGACUAUCACCUUCAGUGAUAGCCUUGGACACACAGAUGAGUCUGGUGCCUACACUGCAGCCGCCAAAGUGGGCUCCAAACUAGAAGACAUGUUGAUGGACGAUGCUCUUUCCCCUGUGGGAGUGACUAACCCGUUACUCUCGUCAGUGUCGCCCGGAGCUUCUAACAACAGCAGCAGGAGAAGCAGCGUAAGCAUGGAAGAGACCGACCGUGGGUGUUAGCAGCGGCUAUCCAAAAUUCACUACACACUGCAUAACUUCUAUUAAAACUGUACUAACUUCAUACUCAUUAUUUCUCCUCUAAGCAUCUUUAACUUCUGUUGUGAAGUAAAUACCGUCAUUUGGAAAAGAAGAUUGGGUUGGAGGAGUGUGACUAAGCAUUGCUUGAAGAUACAGUGGUAAUGAAGAAACAAAUGUCAGCUACUUGGAUUGUGAGUGUGUGUGUGUUUGAGUGUUUGCGUGCGUGUAUGUGUGCAUGCAGGUUAUUUGAAAAACAACAAAAAAACACUUUGUGUAGAAUUGUCUUGUCAAAUAAUAUAUCCAGUGCUGUUUUCUGAGUCUUGCACAGAAUUGUAAUUUAACUGUAUAAAAUGAACCCUUUGAAGUGAAUGGUAAUUAUGGUAAGUGUUGGAACUAUGGAAAAUCAAAUUGGUAGUGAUGCCAAAGUUUUAAUGAAUAAGAAUACGAAUAAAUAUCAGUUAUUCGUGCGGAACUACAAUAUAGUUCUACAUGCAGACAUUUUUUAGUUGCCCUGUGUUCUCCUCUGAAAUGGCCAUGCAGGUCACACUAGCUCAAAAAGGAAGCCUGUCAAGUAAACAGGCUUAUGUUUUUUUUUUUUUUUUUUUUUUUUUUUUGUUUAGUUGCACAAUCGAUUGAUUUGCAUGCUCUUUUAUUUGAUUUGAUCUUUAACAGUUGCAUUCAGGAUAUUUUUUAAAUGUAAGAAUGUCCAUAUUGUAAACUACUGGUAGGGAACCUAGUGACACCAGUGCUUUUAGAGCUUGUAUGGCAUUUGCAUUGUCAAUAAACACUUGAAGGAGGUUGAAAUGCAAAGUUGGAUAUUUAUGGUUGUAACAAACUCGUAUUUAAGUUGUUAUAAAGACACAAGGUAUUGUUUGACUGAUUGUAGGUAAACAUAACUAAAUAUAAAUGCUUUCAUAUUCUAUUUCUACUGUUAAACAUAGCCGUGUAACUGUAGCAAGCAUACAGUACUAUUGCUUAGGGGUAGAGUUAUUGUUAGUUUUACACUGCAGCUUGUGAAAAAUAUUGAACUGUUUAUUCAAAUAGCUGUUACUUAAUAUUAGUAUUGGUUUUAUCACUCAGCAUUGUUGUAAGACUAGUUUAAAUGCAUUAUCUACUUAAACGUGGAGCUAUGCAAUUCUAAUAGUUGUAUUUAAAUAUAUUGUGCCUCGGUGUUAUACAAAAGAAAACAUUAUGGUGUUAUGAGCCAGGAUGGUGAACUGAUUUACUAAUAGUGGCAGAAGAAUGUGUGCUCAGAAUGAAGUGCCUUAAAUUUCAAAAGUACUGACUGAAGAGUGAAGGUUGGUUUGUGUAUUUAAAAGUAUUUGAUGGAGGAUGUUGCCUUGGGACGUUAAGGAGUGCUACAGCUGGGAUAAACACCACAUUUUAUGACUGCAUUUUCCUUAUGCAAGACUGCUUGUCAACCGAAUUUGUCAGCAGAGACAUACUCAGCGUAUUUCUGACAUAAAGACUGAUUCAGGUGGUGUGGAUUGAGAAAGGGACAGCACCAAUCUGAUCAGUGACCUUGACAAAGGGCUUUCUUUCUUUAUAUUAUUUUAUUUGGUUUGUUUAAAAGUUAAAAUGUUAUAUGCAAAAAUGAUGCCUGCUUACCAUAUAUUUUCAGCACUAGCCUUGCUGAAAUAACCCAUUAUAUAGUACACUCCAGAUGUGCCCACAAUGCAAUAAGCAGUAACCCUGAAAUGCUCCCUUGAACCCUGUGGCAUUGACACAGUGGAGGAUAGUUUUAAACAGAGCCUUACAAGAGUUAUUCCAAUUCUAUCCCACAUCAAGACUGUUCUUGUUAUAUUCAAUGUGAACCAGAAUGGACUGCCAAAUGUUUUAAUGUUGCCAAAAGUGACAUAAGUCAAAGUAUGCAAUGCAAUAGACUUUCUGUUUUAAAUGUUUUAUUUUUUUCAAAAUGCAAAGCAAUAUUUUUUAAUACUUAAAGCAACCAGAAUAUGCAGGUAAAGCACAAAAGACAUGCACUUGCAGGGAUGUUCUUGAAGCAAACGAUGCACUGGGGAGAUGCCUAUAUUGCUAGACAUAGCACCUGUUAUUUCUUGACCAAGUGAUAUUAAAAUACUGCCUCUUGCUGGGAUGCUUGGUACUGUAAUGUAAUUAAAACUCUGUCACUGCCCACUGCAGCACAUUGACUUGCAUGCUAUCCAUACUGUUGUCAGAUAUGGAUCAGCGAUACAAUGUAUUCAGUGAAAUUGAAUGUUUAAACAAUUUCUUGGUAGACUGAUUAAAGUACAUGGUUUUUCACAUUUUCUUGUCUUUUGUUGGAUGCGUGGCUAUUUAUUUGGUAAUGAAAAGUGAGCAGGCUGCCCGUUUCAGAAGACUACAUGGGUAAUCAAUACUAGUUUAGAUAUAAGAGCUGUGCUGUUUGCAAAUAGUGGUGAAAUGAUUGCAGUAUAUAUGUACUGGAAAUGUAAAAUAAUCUUCACAGAUUAACAGUCAAUGUUUUUUGCUCAUUGCCAAUUGUUGUAUAUACUGCUGUGUGGUGCAGUGUUGCACUAAUCAUUGCUUAUUAGCACAACAUUUUAGCUAACUUUUUCAUACCUGUUUUAUAAAAAAACCCUGAAUAUUAUGAUUAUUAGUGCUUCCUGGCAAACGGAUGAUUGGAGUUGUCAUGGUACAAUGUAGAAAAAGAGAACUUACGUACAUACAUACAUAGAGCGCACUUCAUUUAUAAGAAUCACAUCUGUCCCAGGUGUUUUGAUUCUUAUAAGCGGCUGAUUCUUAAAAGCGGAUGGAUAUGAUUACUGUGGUGCAGUAAUAAUUGGUUGACCACUAGGUGUCAUGAGUUCCCGCAUGUAUGCAUGCCUACUUUUCCUUAACGAAUUAUGGCUAAUAGUCAAUUAGUUAACUGCUUGUUAAAGUUAAUGACACCUCAACAGAAAUGGCUUAGCCGAUAGCUUUGUGAUGUGGGGUUUAGAGGCAUAAGGAAGCAGAAAUAACAAAAAGGAACCAAAACGCGACAAAGAAAUCUAGUGUUUGUUCAACACAAAGUACUGUUUAGUUAGUGCUCCAGCUUAGAGCUAUUUUAUUUUUUUUGUUUUAUUAGCGGUUGUUUUU